UUUUCCAGAUCUUUCUCGAACCGUAGCUCCUCGGGAAGCCGUUGCCCGAGCGCUGACGGAAGCGGCCGAAGCGGAGGCUGGCUCAGCCUCGGGCGCAGAGCCGCGGCCCGCGCGCCUCCCCGGCUGCGGNGGAGCGCGCAGACUCAGAGCUCAGUAACCGCCGGUUGGAGGCGGCCGAACCGCAGUGUAGUGACCCAGGCGGCGGCGGCGGCGGCGGCGCGGCGGCCUCUACCUCCGCGGUUGUGCGGCGCGCUGCCCUAGAUUUAAAGCGUAGCGACUUCGGGUCACCUCUCCUUUGCUUCUCGUAGGAGUCGCACUCCCAGCAGCAGCAGCUCAGAAGAGGGCCCAGUCCCCGCACAGGAGGCUUCGGCGCCAGCGCCCCGACCAUUGGGCGGCGGGAUGUCUGUGGUUGGCAUUGACCUCGGCUUUCUCAACUGCUACAUCGCUGUAGCGAGGAGCGGCGGCAUCGAGACCAUCGCCAAUGAAUACAGCGACAGGUGUACCCCGGCCUGUAUAUCUUUGGGAUCGAGAACUCGAGCCAUUGGAAAUGCAGCUAAGAGCCAGAUAGUCACAAAUGUAAGAAAUACAAUUCAUGGCUUCAAAAAGCUUCAUGGACGAUCAUUUGAUGAUCCUAUUGUGCAAACUGAAAGGGUCAGGCUUCCCUAUGAGCUGCAGAAGAUGCCUAAUGGAAGUGCAGGAAUUAAGGUGCGGUACCUAGAAGAAGAGAGACCUUUUGCUAUUGAGCAAGUUACUGGAAUGCUUUUGGCUAAGCUUAAAGAGACUUCAGAAAAUGCUUUGAAGAAGCCAGUGGCUGACUGUGUGAUUUCAAUUCCUAGCUUUUUCACUGAUGCUGAGAGAAGAUCUGUGAUGGCUGCAGCCCAGGUCGCAGGUUUAAAUUGUUUGAGAUUGAUGAAUGAAACUACUGCAGUUGCACUAGCAUAUGGAAUUUAUAAACAGGAUCUUCCCCCAUUAGAUGAGAAACCGAGAAAUGUAGUCUUUAUUGAUAUGGGACAUUCUGCCUACCAAGUCUCAAUUUGUGCUUUUAACAAAGGAAAACUUAAAGUCUUGGCUACUACCUUUGAUCCAUAUUUGGGUGGCAGGAACUUUGAUGAGGCUUUAGUAGACUACUUCUGUGAUGAGUUCAAGACUAAGUAUAAGAUAAAUGUGAAAGAAAACUCUCGGGCCUUGUUGCGUUUAUAUCAGGAAUGUGAAAAACUAAAGAAGCUAAUGAGUGCAAAUGCAUCAGAUCUUCCACUGAACAUUGAGUGUUUCAUGAAUGACCUUGAUGUUUCUAGUAAAAUGAACAGGGCUCAAUUUGAACAAUUAUGUGUUUCCCUCUUUGCCCGAGUUGAACCACCAUUAAAAGCAGUAAUGGAACAAUCAAACUUACAACGUGAAGACAUAAGUAGUAUAGAAAUUGUAGGGGGAGCAACUCGAAUUCCUGCAGUGAAGGAACAAAUCACUAAAUUCUUUCUUAAAGACAUAAGUACCACAUUAAAUGCUGAUGAAGCUGUUGCAAGAGGAUGUGCAUUACAGUGUGCAAUUCUCUCACCAGCAUUUAAAGUGCGUGAGUUUUCCAUAACGGACAUUGUUCCCUAUUCAAUCACAUUAAGGUGGAAGACCUCUUUUGAGGAUGGAACUGGGUCUGGGGAAUGUGAAGUAUUCUCUAAGAACCAUCCGGCCCCAUUCUCAAAAGUCAUUACUUUCCACAAGAAGGAACCAUUUGAACUAGAGGCGUUUUAUACUAAUUUACAUGAAGUGCCUUAUCCCGAUCCAAGAAUUGGGAGCUUCACUAUUCAGAAUGUUUUUCCACAGUCUGAUGGUGAUAGUUCCAAAGUGAAGGUUAAAGUUCGCAUUAACAUCCAUGGAAUCUUCAGUGUGGCUAGUGCAUCAGUAAUUGAGAAGCAAAAUAUAGAGGGGGAUCACAGUGAUGGUCCUAUGGAGACAGAAACUUCAUUUAAGGAUGAAAGCAAAGAUGAUGUGGAUAAAAUGCAGGUUGACCAAGAAGAAGGUCUCCAAAAAUGUCAUGCUGAGCACACCCCAGAAGAGGAAAUUGAUUAUACAGGAACCAAAACAAAGUCAGCCUCCUUGGACAAACAAGACCGAUUAAACCAGACCAUUAAAAAAGGAAAAGUCAAGAGUAUUGAUCUACCUAUCCAGAGCAGCCUGUGCCGACAACUGGGCCAAGAUGUUCUUAAUAGUUACAUUGAAAAUGAGGGGAAAAUGAUAAUGCAAGAUAAGUUGGAGAAAGAAAGAAAUGAUGCUAAGAAUGCUGUUGAAGAAUAUGUGUACGAUUUUAGAGACAAGCUGGGCACUGUCUAUGAAAAAUUCAUCACUCAAGAAGACUUGAAUAAACUGACUGCAGUAUUAGAAGACACAGAAAAUUGGCUUUAUGAAGAAGGAGAGGACCAACCCAAGCAAGUUUAUGUGGAUAAGCUUCAAGAACUAAAGAAAUAUGGCCAACCUAUUCAAAUGAGAUACAUGGAACAUGAAGAGAGACCAAAAGCUUUAGCUGACUUGGGAAAAAAGAUCCAACUUGUCAUGAAAGUGAUAGAAGCAUACAGAAACAAGGAUGAAAGAUAUGAUCAUUUGGAUCCUGCUGAAAUGGAAAAAGUUGAAAAAUAUAUCAGUGAAGCCAUGAGUUGGCUGAACAGUAAAAUGAAUGCACAGAAUAAACUAAGUCUCACUCAAGAUCCUGUGGUGAAAGUUUCAGAAAUAGUCGCAAAAUCAAAGGAACUGGAUAAUUUCUGUAACCCCAUCAUUUAUAAACCCAAACCAAAAGUAGAGGUUGCAGAAGACAACACAAAAGCUAAUAGGGAACACAAUGGACAGAUGGAUGGACAGAGUGGGACUGAAACUAAACCGGAUACAACAAAAGACAGCUCACAGCAUACCAAAUCUUCUGGAGAGAUGGAAGUGGACUAAGUCUUAAUUUUACCUUCACAUAAUUCAAACAGUGCAAGUAACCAUUGGGGUCCAUUCUUCUUUUACAUCUGGUACACACAACAGAUGUUCAAUUGUUCUUAACCACUUUUUGUCAUUUGUUUUUUGGAGUAGUUUUGAAAAGUGUUUUAUAUUGAGUACACAUCUAUUCAUUUCCAUUGUUGCUUAUGUGAAGCUUUAGCUGAAUACAGAUUUACAAGUCAGUUUAAGCUUUCCUAAUAUAUUUUAUAUCACAUGCAAGAUUGAUAUGUAGUUGGCAACAGUCUACCUUAUUUAAAGCUUCUACUUGGAUAAACUUCAGCUCCUUAUUCAGGAAAGAAUAUGUAUUGCACUAUUGUCGCAGAAGCAUAGAUAUAACUGAUCAUUAUUUUGAAAAAUACUGAAAUUGAUGUGGUCUAAAGUCGCUGAGGCACUGACCUUUUUCUAGUUAUUGUAUUGUUCUAACUUAAAUAUUAAAACAAGAGGCUCCUCGACAAAUUAGUCCAUCUCAUUGGUGUGCCAUGAGAACUCCAAAGCUUUGCUUCCAUCACAUACAUGAACCAAAUCACACGUUGAAAGAAAAUGCACAAUGUUAUGUUAAGGUGACACCAGCAGUUUUCUUCUUUUAUUAGUAAUAUGGAUUGAUGUUUUCUUAGAGUAAUUCAAUAUCAUUUUCAUUUGAAACUUCUGAUCUACUUGUCCUGAAGACCUGCUGCUGCUAAAGUAAUACUAGCCUGAAGAAAAAGAAGCAUUUUUGAUGAAAAUACCUUCAUGUUAAGUGGGAAAUACUGUUGAACUACUCAGACAUGCAUCUGUGACAUUGAUAGCCUUGUUUCAGUUUUAAUAGUUGUUUUAGUUUUAUUAAUUGAUACUAUUAAUAUCUUAACACAGGGUAGGGGUAAAUGGCACAAUGUAUUGCAUUAUGUACAUUUAUCACUUAAGUACUUAAUGUUAAGAUAUAAACACUAUUAAAUAAGAGGUAAUACUUGAAGCACUUAAGCCCUAAGUCUUAGGAAAUAAUGCUUGUAAUAAACUUAACUAUGUUACAUAUCAACAGGAAAAAUAUAGAAUGUUACAUAGUAUAUUAUUACAUGAUGUGAUUAAAUUAUAGUUCCUGCUGUUAUAUUACCUGUUCA